AAGCACGUUUGGCUCAGUGAUCAUAAAACAGUAGUCCAUGCUGGAAUCAUGUCGAGACUUUUCUCUCGCUGGCUUGCGACCGGUCCGCAUACAACAGAGUUGCAUGGCUUGCAACGAGACGGGUGGUAUCGUUUCUAGAGCUGGGGAAGCAUUAGCUUCUUGGCUCUGUGAGAAUCCAGACCGAAUUCCACAAUGUGCAUCAGUGUUGGAACUUGGUAGUGGAGCUGGUUUGUGUGCUGUUGUCUGUGCUUGCUUGGGUGCGUCUCGGGUAGCAGCCACAGAUGGAGACCCUGUUGCGCUAGACUUGUGCAUGGCCAACGCUGCAGGAAACCGCAUAUCUUCGGAUAUUUUGAUGACGGCUUUCCCCUUGGAAUGGGGUGACUGGAACUUGUCAUGUUUGAAGACAGCUUUAUCUUUUUUGGACGAUAGCAACGCCUCACCCCGGAUCAUUGUAGCUUCAGACGCGUUUUACGACCGUGUAAAUCAUCGGCCAUUUGAGCAUACGCUGCGGGCAUGCUUAUCGCAUUUACGUUUUUACGCAUGCAUUUUUGCAUGGGAGGAUGCUGAUCAAGGUGAGGAUGACUUCGUUUCGCAGCUCGGUUACCUCGGCGAGAUAUCGACCGUUUGGCGAUCUGUUAGUGAGUCACGGGAGAUUUGUAUCGCUACACUGCACCCGUUCAAUUUGGAGCACGACAAAGCGGACCCAGUCUCGUUGACAAGGUUCGGCCAACCUGACCUUGCUGCGUCUUUUUACAUCAACUUAGAUUCUCACCAGGUUCGCCGCGCCCAGAUGGAAGAAACUGCAGUUCUACACGGAAUUUAUUUAGAAAGGCUGUCAGCCUGCACGCCCUCUGACGCCGUGGUUGCUGAGCUGGCUGAAGAGCUUGAGGUCGCUCCGAGCGGCGUGCUAGCAAAUACUGCGUCACAUGUCUUGGCAUGGCGUCGCAUCGCUGUCCUGCCUGACGAUGCCUGCGCGCUCGUGCUUGAAGAUGAUGUUGUUCUGCAUCGGCAUUGGAAGGAUCUUCUGCAGGCAUCAUGGGCGAUGGCAGCGCACAACCUCGGCAAAAACGUCGACUUGUUUUAUCUGGAUGGGAUUUUUGUGCGUGGCCUUACAUCUGCAUUGAAUGGCUGGCUUGGCCCCACAGAUGAAGGCGUGCAUUUGGCAAACGGGGUGGCUUUUAGCAGCGCCUAUGCGCUCGUUCCGGAUGCUGCACGGUGGCUUUUGCGACGCAGUUCUUCAAAGCCUGGUUCGAGUGCAGAAUCUUAUUUGAUGCAGCUUUCAGAGGAGAGGGGGGCAUGCGUAAUCAACAUGCCGCGAUUGGCGUUGCAGCGUUGGGACGAAACUGUCAGCUCUGUAAGUGGUGGCACAUGGUCGGCCUCUAUGGGAAAGUGGUAUAAGGAAAACUACUUCCCACGUUAUCCGUGGACGCUGUACACACAGUUGAAUUGAUUUGGUGUACAGGCUUCGUGAGUCCCCCGUGCCCGUGGAUACAGCAUCUGAGCUUUUGCGCCGUCAGUGCUCGGCUCAAGACGAGGCGCACUUGGAAGUCCUGUAAUGUUUGCCGCCUUCACUGCAUUGAGACGCCCCGUGCUUCGUAUAUCAUCGUAAUUGCGUCUUCAGAGUGCACUAGCGCGCUAGCGUCUGGUAAUCGAUGAUAAGCGCCAGUUAACGCCGAUCAGCGUCGAUUGAGCGCCGAUUAGCGUCGGUUGGCGUCGACCAGCGUCGGCUGGCGUUGUUUCGCCAGAGCCGGCCAGAUGGCACGGGAGGCUCCCGUGAGUUGCCACCGAACCAUGCCCUGCACACGACGUCGCUCGACCUACGCCUGCGCUGGAGGCGGCCGGACACCUCGACCUCGCCGAACGGCGGGGAAGCGCGGGCUGCUCCUCGCCUCGACGGUGCCCCGUCGGAGACCGCCGCGGCGGCUGGGCGAGAGGGGCCCGAUCGGGGGCCCGAGAGGCCCGGAGGCACCACUGCGGCCGCGAGCCGGUCGCGAUCCGGCCGCCGCGCGGCCGGGGCCCCGCGCGCGCAGGGCCCCGCGAGCAAGUGGCGCUCUCUCCCGAGGCUUCCCCGCAGUUUGCUCGCAUGACGGCCGCAGCGGCGCGGUGUGCAGAA